AUGCUUUCAACUCACGCCAAAGGGUAUUCUGUACCUAUCGAACCCAAAGUCGAUCUCCAAAACAUUCAGAGCUGGCGCCGAGCUUGUCGCAAUACACACGGCGCUUGCUGCAAUGACGACUAUGCAGAGGCCCUGGCGCAGCACAUCGAUCAUCUCACGCUGGUCGACGUGAUCAGUGGUUCACUUACCACCCUGUCCACUUCAUCGCCGAUUACCUACGUUGCUCUUUCGUAUGUCUGGGGUGAUGUGCCUAUGUUCAAGACGAAAAGAUCAAAUAUCGAAGUUUUGCUGCAGCCGGGAGCUCUCUACAACAAGGGAAACGGAAUAGUGCUUCCUGAUACAAUUCGAGACGCCAUACACUUAGUCAAGGCCCUAGGUGAACGUUAUUUGUGGGUGGAUUGUUUGUUCAUCAUUCAAGGUGCAGAUUCAGAAGAGAUAGAGAUCAUGUUGCGGGCUAUGGCUCGCAUAUACGCAAGUGCCGACUUUACAGUUGUUGCUUCCGAUGGCAAUGAUGCAGGUCACGGCCUAAGAGGUGUCGGAGGUCCCUCGAGGAAUCGGAUCCCUAGUCCUCAGUCCUAUCUCCACCUACGGGGUGCGUAUCCAGAAGAUUCGAAAUGGGCGACUAGAGGCUGGACAUUCCAAGAAUCGUUGUUUUCCCGUCGUCUCCUCAUAUUCGGCAGCACCGUGUCGUGGAUGUGUGGACGCUGUGAGUGGCGAGAAGGCGCCCACGUAAUCAGAUGCACGAAAGAUAACCUUGCUCCUGAGGAUAUUGAAUGGCCAGCAGAGCGUCCGCAUCUUGGCAUACCAAUGGGUAUGAUGUCUUUGAUCCCUACGAUACCAUCUCUCGGGCGAUGGGGAAUGCUUGUAGAGAAUUUUUCUUCCCGGGAUCUAACCUAUGAGAAAGACGCCCGAGCAGCAUUUGCAGGCGCUACCGAGAUCAUGGAUGCCACUUUUCCAGACGGUCUACUUUAUGGCAUGCCAAAAUUCUUCUUUGACAUCGCAUUGCUUUGGUUACCUCAGGAUUUCGUGAUAAGACGUGAGGAUGAACCUAGUUGGUCGUGUAUGGGCUGGAAGAACGAAUCUAUAGAGUGCUUGUCUGCUUGGUACCCUUUUUACGCCAAGAUCUUUCGUGACACGAACCACGCAUCAGAUUGGGUUCCUAUUGCGACCCUGAAACCUGUUGCAGAGUACCGGAUGGCAAACGCAGCGGAUGGGAUUGACGUGGGGUUCAAUGGCUUUUACGAAUACCAGGCUUUCCGAGAAUUUCCCGAUAGACAACUCCCCACGGGUUGGAGGCGACAUCCUCAUCCCGACGGCGACUAUUUUACGAAUACUGUCUCUCAGCAAAAGUAUUCGUUUCCUCUUCCUGUCAUGAAUCCUGCCCAGGGGCAGGUACACGCCCCAUCUGCCUCUGUUCUUCACUGCCGCGCUCCAUGCGCGAAGCUGACAUUCGGGUGUAUAGUAGCUUGCGACAAGACACACCGUAUGAUGAUGGCUUUAUGCAACGGCGAGGUGAUGGUGGGCAAUCUUACCUUGAUGUGCAAUAUUGAGGAAAACGUACCUCCGUAUGGCAGCAUUUGUGAGCUCAUCGCUAUCUCCGAAGCCGAGACCUUCCUCCCAGAGCGUGUGGCACACUGUGGGUGGCCGAUAAUGUCGUUUGAGAAAAACAGAAAGCUCCUUUAUCCGAUGAAAUUCAGGAGUGAAGGGAGAGCAUCUUUCUACAAUGUCAUGUGGAUCCAAUGGGUUGGAAACGUCGCUGAAAGACGUGGAUUGGGUAUUGUACAUAAAGAGUUCUGGGACGCGCUGGAGCCUGAACUAAAAGAGUUUAAUCUGGGAUGA